AUGGCUCUGGAAAAGGGGGGGUCACCUUGCUGCUGCUGCUGCUGCAGGGGCCCCGCCUGUACUGGUGAACCGGUCAGCGGAAGUGCUCAAGGCGGAGGGACGACUCCAACAGCAACACGAGUAGGAGCAGCGGUAACAACAGAUUCAUACUUACGGCAGCGUGCACUAAAAGUUUGCAGCAGGACCAAGAAAAUCCCUUUGCUAACAGAGGCAGUGGAGGAGACGGUCAGGGAGUGCAGCAGUUGCCGCUGCUGGGAAGCUGCAACAAUAGCACCGGAAAACCGAAGUUUCUACUGCUGCCUUUGCAUGCAAGUAAGAAAGAGGAAUGACUGUAUCUUCUGGGCGUCACCCUGGCGAAGCAGCUUCCGCACAUUUGCGGCUUUUAGCGACCCCAUUGAUGCAGACGCUGCAGCAGCUGAGCACCAGGAGCUGCAGCCCAGCAGAAGCAGUAGCAGCAAUGCCAAUGAGUCAGAAACUUCUUCAACAGAAGCACCAAAAAAGAAAGGGACAAGGGGAAAAAAAGGCUCCAGGCCUAGUCGCAACAUUUACGGCAAACUGUGGCGCGUAGCGCGUGCUGCCAUUCCCCUCUCUCUGGUAUUCUCCGCUCUUUGCUGCUGUUGGUCGAUCACGGGCCCUUUGCCUCAAGUUGUAUUUUUAUUAGGCGCUUUCUUCAGCUGCAUUCCUGUUGCUGAUGCUAUCGCUGCACUUGUGCGCGUGCGAGAAGAGCGCCUGACCAUCAUAGGCGACUUCGGCGUGCAGUGGAGCUUCAAGAAAUUCUUUGGAGCUUCUAGGCGAUUUGUACCAAUGAGUCAAGUCAAAGACGUAAUCAUCAGCGAGGAAGUCCACGUCUACCGCGUCGCAUAUCACGUGGCUAUUGUAGUAGGAGAUAAGCAAGAACUCAUUGUACCCUUCCAAGACUUUGAGCUUCGUCUAGAGGACUGCUUGGCAGUGUAUGAAGCUCUGCAUUGCCUGUUGCGAACUCAAAUUCGCGGCGCCGCCAAGAGUUGCACUUCACCUAAUGUUGCUGCUAUACCGAGAAGACCUUCCAUCUGUAGCCUAUAA